AUGAAAAGCAUUUUGGAGAAUGGACCUUGGUUCUUUGGUUCCAGGCCUAUUCUCUUGAAGCCUUGGAACAUCGAUGAAGACUUGGAGAAAAGUAAAGAGAGUGUUUACCCUGUCUGGAUACAAUUACCAGGUUUGGGGCUGAGCUUAUGGAAUGCAAAGAGCAUUAACAAAAUUGCUGGCAUUAUAGGAAAACCAAUUAUCACUAAUAUGCUUAUAGCUAAUAGGCAAAGACUUGCAUAUGCUAGAGUUUUAGAGGAAAUAAAUUUGCCUUCUGCUCUUCCUGAUGAAAUUACAAUAAAAGGACCAGAUAGAAAAAAUAUCCUGCAGAAGGUAUAUUAUGAGUUGAAGCCUAGAUGGUGUGAAGAUGGUGUAAAUAAAAUCCAGACAAAUACUCAUGUCCUACCUGACCCUGACUUACUUGUUCAGAAGCCUAUUCAAGCACAAUCUGUGCUGCAAAUGCAUAUUCAAGCACAAUAUGUGCCACAAAUGCCUGUGAAUACAUCUCAGAGUGUUGGGAUUGAGCAGAUUUUAGGAAAUGAUGAAUCAAAUGGAAAAAAGAGAAAUCUUGAGCUUAGGAAAUGUUUCAGGAUUUCAGCUGGAAAAAAUGUUGUGCAUGUUUCACAGUCAGAUUUUGAUACUCAUACACACUCAGGAAAAUCUUGGAUGCUAAUGCAAAGGGGAAAAAGUAAAAAGAGGCUCUCACCUAUUAAUUCCUUCUCCCCACUAGCUGGAAUAGAUUCAAGAAAGGCUCUAUGGACUGAGCUCCUCCAAGUGCAUCAGACUGUUGGAAAUACACCAUGGCUUUUAUGUGGGGAUUUCAACACUAUGAUCAAUAAUAAUGAAAAGCUAGGACGAAUUGCACUUACAGAUGCUAAUACGAAAGACUUCAAUUCUUUCAUUGAAGACAUCCAUCUCUUACACCUAAAAACAUUGGGUUGUUUCUUUACUUGGAACAACAAACAAGACCAUGAUGCUAGGGUUUGGUGCAGGUUAGAUAGAGCUCUUGUAAAUGACUCCUGGACCCAUAAGUAUAACUCUAGUCAUGUGGAAUUCUUGCUUCCAAACUUCUCAGAUCAUUCUCUUGCAUUAGUUACUAUAUAUAAGGAGGAUAUAUAG